UUACUACAUUUUCACCUGAUACUACUACAAUUUUUGAAUCUAAUACUGAACAACAAUUUUAUCAAUUUGCUGAAGUUCCUGAAAAUAUAACUGAUAUUCAUUUUCCUAUACUAACUACUGAGUUCUCUUUUUCUUCAAACAAGUUAGACACUGAUAGUAUCAAUGAAUUAGUGCUAUUUAGAGCUCCUCUUUCUUAUCUAACCGAGAAACAAAAACAAAUUCGCUCUUCUACCCCAGAAACUAUUUUCAACGUAGAGCAAGGAAAUUUAUUUAAUAACAACAACAACCAAGUUGAAUAUAUUCCAAUAUACCCGACUCCUAUUGUAAAUUAUUGGGAAGUAGACCAACCCCAAGAUAGGACUGAAAUUGACUCUUGA